AUGAAUUUCUACAGUUUCACUUUUGUUCUCUGUCUGCUAGAGGGCCUGGAACAGCUCCUCUCUGCGAAUGCUAAUAAGAAUAAUGAUAAGAUAUAUAUGGGACAUCAUUUGACACCAGGUGUUGAACUUGUAGACUUGCACUCUCAUCGAGUCCUUUUUUUUGGUGAAUCACAAUUGAUACAUGCUGCUGGAUUGGAAAAUGAUAAUCCAGAGGAGCAGCCAUCACUAGCUGAACCUCCGAUUAUAUCUAUAGAUGUCUCUCAUUUGUAUCAUACUGAUCAGCGUUUCCCUUUGAAAGAUGAUCUUAUGAAAUGGGUUCGCGACAUUUCUAUGACAAAUAAUUUUGUUUUGGUGACAACAAAGUCUGAUAGUGGUGCGAAGGGAAGAAAAGAAUAUGUCAUUAUGGGGUGUGAGAAGCAUGGUGCGUAUAUUCCCUACAGAGAACCGGAUCUUGUUGAAGGAACGUCAACACAAAAGACAGGUUGUCCUUUUAGGCUAAAAGGACGACGUACGAAAGAUGAUAAAGGUUGGUGGUUGAAGGUGAUGGACGUUAGACACAUCCAUCUCGCAGCUGAGUCACUACUUGGCCACAAUUACGCUGGUCGACUGAAUAGUGAGGCGAAGGAGGACGUGAUAAAUCAGGCUAAGACUUGGGUUCCACCUAGAAAGAUUUUGGCGUCCUUGAAGGAAAAAGAUCCUUCAAACUUGACUACCAUCCAACAAAUUUAUGGUGUUUGCAAGCGGUUCAGACAAUCCGUUCGUGGGUCACUGACAGAGAUACAAUACUUGCUGAAGAAGUUGGACGGUGAGAAGUAUGUUCACUUCGAACGAAAUGAACCCGGAUCGGAAGUGAUUAGAGAUAUAUUUUGGGCUCAUCCGAAUGCCGUCAAACUUUUCAACACAUUCCCAUAUGUAGUGAUCAUGGAUUGCACAUACAAGACCAGCAAAUACAAACUACCCUUGCUCGAGAUUGUUGGUCUGACCUCCACGGAUAAAACAUACUCAAUAGCAUUCUGUUACAUUGGCAGUGAGACCACAGAUGACUACAUUUGGGCAUUGGAGUGUAUGAAGUCUCUGAUUUCUGACCAAUCCAGGUUGCCUAGAGUGAUUGUGACGGACAGAGAUCUUGCCUUAUUGAGUGUUGCUUCACAAAGCUUUCCCACCACCGCCCAUUUACUAUGCUUGUGGCACAUCAACAAGUGUGUUUUGGCAAAGUGCAAAGAGUAUGUUGGCACGGAUGAUUUUGCUCAAGAGGUUAUGGACAAGUGGGCCGAAUUGGUAGAUGCUCCAACAGUUCCAGAAUUUGAAGCUCAUUGGAUUGAAUUGUUUAACAUGUGCAAGCAUAAACACAAGUUGAAAUUUGCCACUUAUUGUUCUACUACAUGGUUGGUCCACAAGCAGAAAUUUGCCAAGGCAUGGACAAAUCAUGUGAUGCAUUUUGGAACAACAACAAGUAACAGGUACAAAAAUUAUGUUAUGACUUGUUAUAUGUAUUUCAUUUCAUAGAUUAUUACAGUAUUAAUUCUUACAUGUGCGUUGUUGG